AUGGAAAUCAUGACGCCUCUGGACUCAGGAGGAGGUGAUUUGUCUCAACAGUUUGAUAUUUCGCCAGAUGGUUUUUCCUAUAUACAAGGCGAGGAUACCAAAAACAUUAAAAUAAAACAAUAUCUAUGUGUGAGAGAUUCCUUACCAAAGACAGCUCUUUCUCAUGUGAUUCUAAACGAAAACAUGAGCCAAGAUCGGCAACUGGAGCGAACCAUGAGUGAUUUGACUCUCCGACAGCUUAAACAAUCUAAUGCAAACGAUCUCACACAAAGAACUUUCGUUGCUAUGCAAGACCGGAAGCAAAAGAAAUGGAAACGAGAUGACGAAACACGCCUAUCAAAUAUGAAUUUUCCAGUUUUUUCUGUUCCGGAAGAGAAACGUCCCAAGGAUAUGGAUGUAGUAUAUCGACUUCCGGAUUAUCGGGUCAAAACCAGCAGAGGACCACGACUAAAAUCUGCUUCAGCCGUUAUCGGAAAUGGAGCUACGUCAGGAACCGGAAACGGAAAUAAUAUAACAACUUCUACGCCGAGACAGGUGAAAAUGCCUUUCGGAAUUAGCAAAGAAAAAACAGAAAUCAUAACACAUAACGAUAAAACAUUUAUGAACAAAUUACCAGAAGUGGAAGUUAUAGAUCCAGAUGCACUCAAACAUUACGACACAUAUCGUGGCAAGACUAUGUUAGAAUCAGGUGGACCGUCUAGAGAUAUGCGUUUCAAACGUUUGGAAAACCUUCUCAAUCCAGCAUUUUUGAAACAAACGGACCAAUAUAACGAACAAAAUGUGAAGUCUAAAAGCCGUCUUUCUAAAUACUCUGGCUCUAGCUUGGAGGAUAAGGAAAAGACUGAUGACGAAAGACAUCAAAAUGACCAACUUUUUGCAGAAAAUAGUUUUGUGGCGCCCUCUAUCGCACCUUCUGUUGACGCAUCCGUGGUACCGUCCUUGUCGGUAGAUUUUGCUCAAACCGUGUGUCUUUCAGCUCCUCCAUCAGUAGCACCAGUGCCACCAAGUAGAGGAAACGAACAUGCUUGGAUGAUUACUAGAUUGAAUACAACAUCCGAUUUCAAUGCCAAACCUGCUUCGUCGCGUAGUAGGCUUGCUCAAGAUCAGAAAAUGGAAAACGCAAAGAAGCGCGUGAAAAGGAGUGUGGAAAUUUUGGAAUCAUUUCGAAAUGGCGAUGUUAACAAACUCGCAAAAAGUCUUGCGCGGGAAAAGAAACUUAGGGAACAGAAAUCCCACCACUGA